AUGAUCGCCACCGGCGGCCUGUUGAGGAUUUCCGCCAGAAAGCAGGAUCCCCUCCGCCCCCCGAGCCAGGUCCCCAAGCGCAAGCGGAAAGCAAAGAAGAGGCGCAAGAACGACGUGGUAGUGGUGAAAGGCAAGCUGAAGCUCUGCUCCGUCUCGGGGCUCAUCGCCCUCUGCGGGAUCCUGGUGCUGCUGGUGGGCAUAGCCAUGGCGGUGGUGGGCUACUGGCCCAAGGCCAACGGGGCCCAUCGGGAGGGGGGUAAGCAGUUCCCACCUUCGGGCAGCGGCCACCGCACCCCGACCGCCGCCAACAGCAGCAGCGGCAGCAGAAACCGGUCCCGGAGCCAGCUGGAGUCUCAGGGGGGUGUCAACUCCAGUUCGGGGGGCGCGCCCAGAAGCACGCCUCCCGCGCAGGCCGCCGCCCCCUCGUCUUCCUCGUCCUCCCCCACGUCUGUGGGUUUCUUCUCGCGCGUGUUCUCCGGCUACCUGCACUCGGACAAGCUCAAGGUCUUCGGGCCCCUCAUCAUGGGCAUCGGCAUCUUCCUCUUCAUCUGCGCCAACGCCGUGCUGCACGAGAAUCGGGACAGGAAGACCAAGAUCAUCAACCUGCGGGACCUCUACUCCACCGUCAUCGACGUGCACAGCCUCCGCGCCAAAGACCUGGCGGCCGCCGCCGCCGCCUCGUCCCCGGCCCCCGCCUCGGCGCCCCCCGGGGCCUCGCCGCUCAACGGCGUCCUCACGCGGCGCCGCAGCACCAGCGGGCUCCCAGACUACCGGGCGUCGCCGUCGCCGGAGCCCCCGGCCGCCCCGCGCAGCGCGGACCCGGACACGAGCCUUUUGGCCAGAUCCGCCUCCCCCUGGCCUCCCUUAGGGCCGGCGGACUCGGCCCCCGCCAGGCGGGACUCGCAGAGCUCCCAGUCGGGUGACCCGGCCAGCAGCAAUAAGGGCUACACCCCCCUGCGGGAGGCCGGUCCUUCCGCGGAGUCGGUGGUGGACGCAGGGGCCAGUAAAAGCCAAGGCCGUGUGGCCGGCGCCUCCCCGGGUGUGGAGCGAAGCCCCCCGGAAGAUCCCAGCCCAAAGCCUCCCGCGGUAGAACAAGCUCAGCCGGUCCAGAAGCAGUUUACAAACAAGGAGAAACUCUUACUGAUUUCCCGGUGUCACGCUGUAGGAGUCGAAGACGGAAAUCUGGAAAGCGCUGGUAUCUAG